AUGGAGCGGUUUGAUGUUGGGCCUGCUAUAGGUGAAGGCCGGUUUGGUGUUGUUCGUGCAGCUGUUGUAAAAGGCUCUGGGAUGCCUGUUGCAAUUAAACUUCUUUCUCUGCCACGACUGGAUGAGGGAAUUCCACAUCCUGUAGCUAGGGAGCUACUUAUUUCCAUGCGGCUGAGUCAUCCUUUUGUUAUACGCACAUAUGACGUGUUUCCCUGUGGAUGCUCUAUUGCGGUGGUAAUGGAGCGGUGCAAGACAGAUCUGGCAACAGCACUCGCCGCGAGAAGCCCAAGCAACCCGCUUCCCAAUCAUAGGGUGAAGUCCAUUCUCAAGAUGCUUCUCUCAGCCUUAUCGUACAUGCACAGGGAAGGGAUUCUUCACCGCGAUGUGAAGCCUUCAAAUUGUUUUUUGACAGAUGAGGGAGUGUUGCGUCUUGGUGAUUUUGGCUUGAGCCGUGUGUGGGAUGUGGAGACAUCCAUGACGCAUGAGGUGGUGUCUAGGUGGUACCGGGCACCAGAGUUGUUGCUUGGUGAGCGACACUAUGGUCCGGAGAUUGACAUGUGGUCGGCUGGAUGUGUAUUUGCAGAGUUACUGAGAGGCUAUAGUGGUGCUUUUUUUGCGGGAGAUGGAGAUAUUAGGCAGUUGUCUCUAAUAUUUGAUAUUCUGGGCACACCAACUCUAACUUCCUGGCCGACUGCAGUAAUACUUCCUGAUUGGGGAAAGGUGCAAUUUGAGCCUAAGAAGCCGUGCUCACUAUGCGAUUUUUUUCCUGAAGCAUCCAAAGCCGCUUUGGAUUUGCUGCAGCGAUUGCUCACCCUAGACCCCUCCAGACGCAUUUCUGCAGAAGAGGCCCUUCGUCAUGAUUUCUUCAACGAGUAUCCGACUUGA